AUGAAUGUUCUAGAUCUGGCUUAUGCAGAUGAUCUCGCUAUCAUGAGCGAAUCCACAACAGAACUUGAAGAGUUCAUUCAGGAUUUUGAAACUAUAACACAAAAAUGUGGCUUAACAAUGAACGUAAAGAAGACACUCAUUAUGUCCGUGAAACAAUUACAACAAGAUGCAACUGGUCGUAUUAUCAAAGGACAAAUGGUCAAUCAACUUGAUUUCAAUAUGAAGAUCCGGAAUGAAAAGGAUAAACAUACUGAAUCCUUCAUAUAUCUUGGUUGUUGUAUAACAGCAGACCAAACGAUGGAGAAGAAAAUUGGAAUACGCAUAUCGAAAGCAUCACCCCCCUUCUACAUGCUUAAAUAUUGUGUAUGGCAUCGCAAGACCGUGUCAUAUGAUGCAAAACUACGAAUCUUUCGAGCAUGUGUAGUACCUAUAUUGUUAUAUGGAAGUGAAGUAUGGGCUUUAACAAAUAUUCAAGAGCGACGAUUAAAUUCCUUUUACAUGAAAUGUCUUCGAACAAUCAUUGGAGCAAAUCUAGAAGAUCGACUAUCAAAUGCGAAAAUGUUAGAACUUACUGGACAACCACAAAUUAGAUGUUAUCUUGAGAAGGAAUAG